AACAAACCCAAAACCAAACUGUGCUUAAACAUCCCUCUUUUAAAGGUGCAUUUGAGCUUCUUAGUGUUUCUCCAUCGGUUAGCAGAAGAAGCCAGGACAAAUGCUUUUGAGAAUAAAAGUAAAAUAAUUAAACCUGAGCACACUAUAGCUGCAGCAAAGGUUAUUUUAAAGAAAAGCAGAGGCUAG